AUGGGGAUGGAGCCACAACUGGGGACAGUUAGGACUCAGUUUCCACUGUCCCUGGGGUUAGAGUUUAUGCACAAAGAUACGAUACGAGGGGAGGAGGCUGGGGGAUAUAUAAAUGAAUGUGCCAUUGACAAUGGUGGCUGUCAGAACCAAUGCUGCAAUACAAUUGGCAGUUAUUACUGCAAGUGUCAAGCUGGCCAGAAGCUGGAGGAAGAUGGCAGAGGAUGUGAAGAUAUCGAUGAAUGUGCGGUGGUGAAUGGAGGCUGCCAGCAGCGCUGUAUUAACACUCUGGGCACCUUCCACUGUGAAUGUGAUACAGGAUACAGACUCCAUGCUGAUGAACGCACCUGCAUAAAGAUGGACCCCUGCACAGGUGCGAAUGGAUGUGCCCACAUCUGUCAGAGUGAGAAUGGAGUGGCCAGGUGUGCCUGUCACCCAGGCUACCAGCUGUCUGAAGACAAAAAGGCCUGCAGAGACAUAAAUGAGUGUGCAGAAGGGCUUGCUCACUGCGGCCAUCGCUGUGUGAACUCAGUGGGAUCUUUCACUUGUGCCUGUCACCCUGGCUCUGAGCUGGGAGCUGAUGGAAAACGGUGUUACAGGAUUGAAUUGGAAAUUGUCAAUAGCUGUGAAAAGAACAAUGGUGGUUGUUCACAUCACUGUGAACAUGCACUUGGUGGGCCCCAUUGUUCCUGUAACCAUGGACACCGGCUUGAUUCAGAUGAGAAAACAUGCAUAGACCUUGAUGAAUGUGAGAAUGGAGAAGCCUGCUGUGCCCAGCUCUGCAUCAACUAUUUGGGAGGCUAUGAAUGCAGCUGUAAGAAAGGCUUUCAGAUCAGUUCUGAUGGCUGUGGGUGUGAUGCUUUAGAUGAUGAUGAGCUAGAGGAAGGAGAAGAGGAAUUAGAAGUUGUGAGGUUCGCAGGCCUUCUGUUCAAGAGCCCGCCUAGACUGCUUCAUUAUGUUGCUCCCUCUCUGCCUCCCACCUACCAAGAUGAAGAAGACGAGGACAAAGUGGGAAAAGAUAUUCGAGGAGAACUAGCUCUAUGGCCCAAAGUUGUCUGUUUAGAUCACACCUUUGGACAUGAUUGCAGUUUGAGCUGUGAGGACUGCAUGAAUGGAGGCCGGUGCCAGGAGGGAAAGAGUGGGUGCUCCUGCCCAGCUGGCUGGGGUGGCAUUCUUUGUAAUGAGACUUGUUCCUCCGAGACCAGUGGGGAAGAAUGUGGAAGCAUCUGUGAUUGUCAGAAUGGAGGCACAUGUGAUCCUCUAACUGGGCAGUGCCAGUGCCCCCCAGGGGUGCAUGGGAAAACCUGUGAACAUGGAUGCCCUCAAGGACUCUUUGGGAAGAACUGCAAAAGGAAAUGUAACUGCGCCAACAAUGGCCAUUGCCACAGGGUGUACGGUGCCUGUGUGUGUGAGCCAGGGCGCUAUGGGAGGUUUUGUCAUCUGAACUGUCCCAAGGGGGCCUAUGGGGCUGGCUGCUCUUCAGAAUGUCAGUGUGUGGAGGAGAACACCCUGGAAUGCAGCGCCAAAAAUGGCAGUUGCACCUGCAAAUCUGGUUACCAAGGCAACAGAUGCCAGAAAGCCUGCCGUGAUGGCCCCUGGGGACCAGAGUGCCAGGUCUCCUGUGGACCCUGUGAGAAUGGAGGUCAAUGCAACAAAAAAACUGGAACCUGUCACUGUCCUCCCGGUUACACAGGAAAAGACUGCACCACACGAUUUUAA